AUAAAAUCUUUUUUUUCUUACUGUAUCUGACUCGAAACAGAAAGAGCUUGAGGUCUUUUUGAAGGAGAUCUACCUCGCCAUUCUCGAAAAACGAAACUCGCCCACCUUCCAAAAACAGUAUUUCAUGGAGAUCUUGGAAAGGCUAGCGGGCGAUCCGCGGGCGUUAGUCGAGAUCUAUCUCAACUAUGACUGUGACAGAACGGCGCUAGAAAAUAUUUUCCAGAAUAUGAUCGAGCAGCUGUCACGGUACUGCAGCGUACCAGUUGCUGUGAAUGCCUUGCAGCAGCAGACAUUCCAGGAACACUAUGUUAAGAUCUCGAAGCUGGGGAGCGAAUGGCAUCAGCGUGGUACCCUGCCCCCUUCUCUCACAACCGCCAAUAUUGCCAAUGCCCAGCAGCCCAAUCUGCAAAAUGUACCUCCAGAGUAUAUACUGAAGAAUCAAGCGGUUGAGUGUUUGGUGGAGAUUCUGCAAUCGUUAGACAACUGGGCCUCACAGCGCAUAGCGGAUCAGCCCGCUGCUGUCCCAAAUCACUCAUCGCAAAAGUCCAUGGAUAACUCCAGAGAGUCGCUUGACACAAACGUCGGCGCCUACCUGUCCUCACCGAGGGUUGAUGGCGAUGGCAGUACCGGUCGGUCCACGCCAGUGGCCGAAGACGACCCUGGUCAGAUAGAAAAAGUUAAGCAGCGGAAGAUUGCCCUCACGAAUGCCAUCCAGCAAUUCAACUUCAAACCCAAGCGCGGUAUCAAGCUUUUUGUGCAAGAAGGCUUCGUACGGCCCGACUCUCCGGAAGACAUGGCGAACUUCCUGGUCCGAAACGAUCGGCUGGAUAAGGCCAUGCUGGGUGAAUAUCUUGGUGAGGGAGAUGCGGAUAACAUCGCCAUCAUGCACGCCUUCGUGGACACGAUGGAGUUUGCCAAGCGGCGUUUUGUGGAUGCUCUCCGUCAAUUCCUCCAACACUUCCGACUCCCAGGAGAGGCCCAGAAGAUCGAUCGAUUCAUGCUCAAGUUCGCUGAGCGGUACACAACUCAGAACCCCAAUGCCUUUGCUAACGCCGACACGGCUUACGUGCUUUCGUACUCCGUCAUCAUGCUCAACACCGACCAGCACAGUUCCAAGAUCCGGGGUAAUCGUAUGACCAAGGAGGACUUCAUCAAGAACAAUCGGGGUAUCAACGAUAAUCAGGAUUUGCCUAAUGAUUAUCUGGGAGCCAUCUACGAUGAGAUUGCGAAUAACGAAAUCGUGCUUGACACGGAACGAGAGCAUGCCGCCAACGUCGGAAUCCCUACGUCCACCCCGGCUGGCCUGGCUUCUCGGGCUGGGCAGGUUUUCGCAACUGUGGGACGCGACAUCCAGGGCGAGAAGUAUGCGCAGGCGUCGGAGGAAAUGGCCAACAAAACCGAGCAACUCUACAGAAGCCUCAUCCGCGCCCAACGGAAGACCGCGGUCAAAGAAGCCCUUUCGCGUUUCAUCCCCGCAACCUCAGUCCGGCAUGUCGGUUCGAUGUUCAAUGUUACCUGGAUGUCUUUCCUUUCCGGCCUUUCUGCUCCCAUGCAGGAUACCCAAUACCUGGAAAUCAUCAAGCUCUGCAUGGAGGGAAUGAAGCUUGCCAUUCGUAUUAGCUGCGCGUUCGACCUGGAGACCCCUCGGGUUGCAUUCGUGACAGCUCUUGCCAAGUUCACGAACCUGGGCAACAUCAGAGAAAUGGUGGCCAAGAACGUGGAAGCUUUGAAGGUCUUGCUCGAUGUCGCUUUGUCGGAAGGAAACCGGCUGAAGAGCUCUUGGAGAGAAAUCUUGACCUGUGUCAGCCAACUCGAUCGACUCCAGCUCCUGACGGAUGGCGUCGAUGAGGGAUCUCUCCCCGACGUGUCUCGGGCUCGCAUCGUGCCCCAGGCAUCUUCGGAUGGCUCCCGUAGGUCGAUUCAAUCGGCCAGACGGCCUCGUCCGCGGUCGGUCAAUGGCCCGGCCGCUUUCCGUGCUGAAGUCGCCAUGGAAAGUCGAUCCGCUGAAAUGAUUCGGGGUGUGGAUCGCAUAUUUACUAAUACCGCCAAUCUCUCCCACGAGGCUAUUAUCGACUUUAUCCGGGCGCUGAGCGAUGUGAGUUGGCAGGAGAUUCAGUCCUCGGGACAAACCGACUCUCCGCGGACAUACAGUCUGCAGAAGCUGGUUGAGAUCAGUUACUACAACAUGACCCGAGUCAGGAUCGAGUGGUCGAAGAUCUGGGAGGUUCUUGGACAACACUUCAAUCAUGUCGGAUGUCAUUCAAACACCACGGUUGUCUUCUUUGCCUUGGAUUCACUUCGGCAGCUCUCCAUGCGCUUCAUGGAGAUCGAGGAACUGCCGGGAUUCAAGUUCCAAAAGGACUUCCUCAAGCCCUUCGAGCAUGUCAUGGCCAACAGCAAUGCCGUAACAGUAAAGGAUAUGAUUCUGCGGUGUCUCAUUCAGAUGAUCCAGGCACGGGGCGACAACAUCCGAUCUGGUUGGAAAACAAUGUUCGGCGUGUUCACUGUCGCUGCUCGGGAGCCCUACGAGGGCAUUGUAAACAUGGCCUUCGAGCAUGUCACGCAGGUCUACAACACUCGCUUUGGUGUCGUUAUCACACAGGGCGCAUUCCCCGAUCUGAUCGUUUGCCUCACGGAGUUUUCUAAGAACAUGAAGUUCCAGAAGAAGUCCCUGCAGGCGAUUGAACUCCUUAAAUCCACCGUCACAAAAAUGCUCAGGGCACCCGAAUGUCCUCUCUCCCACCGCGGCGCUCAAGCGCAAGAGGUUAUCAUUGACUCCACGAAUCUCGCCAAACAGCUUACGCGCCAGUCGAAGGAGGAGCAGUUCUGGUACCCUAUCUUGAUUGCCUUCCAGGACAUCCUGAUGACUGGCGAUGACCUUGAGGCUCGAUCGCGGGCAUUGACGUAUCUUUUUGAUACAUUGAUCCGACACGGUGGCGACUUCCCUCAAGAGUUCUGGGACGUUCUUUGGCGCCAGCUUCUUUACCCCAUCUUCGUCGUGCUGCAGUCGAAGUCUGAGAUGUCCAAAGUACCCAACCACGAGGAACUUUCGGUGUGGCUUUCGACGACAAUGAUCCAGGCGCUGAGAAAUAUGAUUACCCUCUUCACACAUUAUUUCGACGCGCUGGAGUACAUGCUUGACCGCAUCUUGGAGCUGCUUACUCUUUGCAUUUGCCAGGAGAACGACACAAUCGCCCGCAUUGGUAGCAACUGUUUGCAGCAACUGAUACUGCAGAAUGUCAUGAAGUUUGGGCAAGAGCACUGGACCAAGGUCGUAGGUGCCUUCGUCGAGCUAUUCAGCAAGACUACCGCCUAUGAGCUGUUCACGGCGGCUGCGACUAUCUACUCGAAGCCGUCGAACUCACAGAAACCGGCCAAUGGCGAGACGGACGGCUCCGAGGAUGGCACGGGAGAGUCGGCCGACUCGGCCUCAGUCCCGGAAAAUUUCGGCGACUCAUCGAAGACCAACGGGUUGCAGCAUGUGGAAAAUGAGCAUGAGGAGGGUGACAUGCCCGCCGCGUCCAACACGGAGCUGGAGGACUACCGACCUCAAGCCGAUGUGCAACAACAGCCAGCCGCCGUCACCGUCGCACGACGUCGGUUUUUCAACCGGAUCAUAACCAACUGCGUGCUUCAAUUACUCAUGAUUGAAACUGUACACGAGUUGUUCUCCAACGACAAGGUCUACGCACAGAUCCCGAGUCCUGAGCUUCUCCGGUUGAUGGGACUGCUGAAAAAGAGUUACCAGUUCGCCAAGAAGUUCAAUGAAGACAAGGAGCUCCGUAUGCAGCUCUGGCGCCAGGGCUUCAUGAAGCAGCCACCAAACCUGCUGAAGCAGGAGAGUGGGAGCGCUGCGACUUACGUCCAUAUUCUUUUCCGCAUGUAUCAUGACGAGAGGGAGGAAAGGAAGAGCAAUCGUGUGGCGACAGAAGCCGCACUCAUCCCACUCUGUGCCGAUAUCAUUCGCAGCUUCGUCCUCCUGGAUGAAGACUCGCAACAUCGCAACAUAGUAGCCUGGCGUCCCGUUGUUGUCGAUGUACUCGACGGUUACACCAACUUCCCAUCCGAAGGCUUUGAUAAACAUGUCCAGACCUUCUACCCACUGUGCGUCGAUCUAUUAAGUCGUAACCUCAACCCUGAAAUCCGGGUGGCUCUUCAGGCCCUGCUCCGGAGAAUCGGUGAGGUGAAAUUGGGGGUUCCGGUGAUGCACACGCCUAUUACUCCGAGGAAGUCGAUUUCCCAGUCCUCCGCUCGCGAAUCGAGUAGCUAGCCUUGACUGGGGGAUGUUCCAAGCCUUAAUUUUCUCUAUCCCUAUUUUUCUUAUUACCGUUUUUGGAUAUCCUCGCCACCUUGAUUGUUGGGCUUGUCUCACACCUGAUGGAAUAACUUGUAGACUUAGCAAUGCUUGUCGGUU